UCAAGAAGAUAAGAAGAAAAGCUCACCACAUUCUUCAUCAACCACUAUGAAGACAACCUCAGUUUCCUCAUUGCUUCCAUACCCAAAAAUCUUUUUCAGCAAAACAGUAUUUCCUCCAAUUAAUUUCUCAGGCACAUCUUCAUUUUCAAGGCUAAAAUUUCUAACUAUAAAUUUCAGCACCAAUAAUAAUAAUAAUAAUAAUAAUAGCAGCUCAGAAAAUGGUGAAAAAGGGAAUUUGAAGGAUGUAUUGACUGGUAUGGUGGAUGAAAGAGUAGAGGAACUUUUGAAUAGAGAAGAAAACAGGGUUUUGUUUGAUGGGUUGGAGAAAGCAACACAAAGAGUAGAAAUGGCAAAGAAAGAACUUGCUGAAAUUGAAAGACAAGAAUUGGAAGCUAAAUUGUUAAAAGAUUAUGUCACACAGCUCGAAACUAGAACUUCUGAGAUUGCAGAAUGCCAGAAAGAUAUUUUAGAAGCUAGAGCAAUGAUUGAAGAAGCUGAGCGUUCCCUCAACGUUGGUGAUGAUGCUAGAAAGAGAGAUGCAACAGACGGGGAUGUAGUGAAUAGAGAUGAGGAAAGAGUUGAAUCCAUAAAAGCAGCUUCACUUUCUGCAAUUGUUGGCACACUUGCGGGUCUUCCCAUUUCCUUGAGUCGGAUCACCAGCAAUUCAGAGUUAAUACUCCCUCUGUCAAUCACCUUUAUUAGUUGUGCUUUGUUUGGUGUAACCUUCCGCUAUGCUGUAAGAAGAGACUUGGACAAUUUUCAGCUCAAGUCAGGAACAUCUGCAGCAUUUGGCGUUGUCAAAGGUCUUGCUACACUUGGAGGUGGACCACCAUUCGAGUUGGACGCUGCCAGCUUCUGGUCUCAUGCUCUUGAUGGCGCAGUCUAUGUCUCAGAAAACCUUUUGAUCUUCCUUUUUGCUGGAGUUGGCCUAGAUUUAUGCUUUAAGCUGAGGAUUUUGAGCCCCUUUCCCGUCGAUAGAUCAAUUUCAGAGACCGAUAAAAUUUAAACACCUUGUUGCUUAUUUGUUAUUUGUAAGUGUAUAUACAGUAAAUUAACUUUGUAACAAUUGCUCUAAAUAGAAUUAUACUUGGAACUUCUGUCUGUAAGCAACAUUCACUGCAAUUAUCCAUAAAUCUAGUAACAUAUUGCUAAGUCA